AAAGGCCGAAUGCUUGCUUCUUCGUAUAUACUAUAUAGAACUUUUCUAUAAAAUCGAGGGUGAAAUUUCGUAGUGCAUUCAUUUUGAAAUGAGCAUUCAAACAAUGUCGACCAAGUCAAAUUUGAAUUUAACAGGCAUCACAGAAAAUGUGUCAAAGGUGUUGACCAUCUAUACUGGCGGAACAAUUGGCAUGACUUUGAAUGAGAAUGGCGUGCUGGCCCCUGUUCCCGGACAAUUUGAGCCAAGAAUCCGUGAGGAUAUGAAUUUUCACGAUCCCACUUAUUUGCCAACGGAUCCUGAAUGGUUGGUUCUACCCAGUUUGAAGGAUGAAAAGCGCAUCUUGUAUAAAAUCAAGGAAUAUGAUCCGUUGCUUGACUCCAGCAAUAUGGAAAGAGGCGAUUGGAAACGUAUAGCCCAGGAUAUAUAUGACGAGUAUAAAAAUUACGAUGGCUUUGUGGUUCUUCAUGGCACUGAUACUUUAGCCUUUACCUCGUCGGCAUUGUCCUUUAUGUUGCAAAAUCUGGGCAAGCCAGUGAUUGUUACGGGCUCCCAAAUACCCAUCUAUCAAACGCGCUCCGAUGGAAAAGAUAAUUUUAUUGAGUCCCUAAUAGUUGCAGGCACGUAUGAUAUACCCGAGGUGUGUGUGAUGUUUAAUCAUGAAUUGCUUCGCGGUAAUCGCACUGUGAAAGUCAAUUGCGAAGCUUUCGAUGCCUUCGAUUCACCCAAUUAUCCGCCAUUGGCCACAAUGGGUGUAAGCAUUAAUCUGAACGAGAUUUACAUCAAUCGACCACCGUUAAUUGAACCCUUUAGUGUGCAAUUGUCAAUUGAUGGGAAUGUGAGCCUACUACGUAUCACUCCGGGCAUGUCGUUGGCUCAAAUACGUGGCGCUUUGGGCUCUUCUGUACGUGGUGUUGUCCUACAAUCCUUCGGGGCUGGCAAUAUACCAUCCAAUCGAGAUGAUCUGCUAACCGAAUUGAAAGCGGCCAUCGCUCGUGGUGCUAUCAUUGUGAAUUGCACACAAUGUCUCGGUGGUUCAGUGGCCGAUGUCUAUGAUGCUAGUUCCGAAAUCCUUAGCAUGGGUGUCAUCUUUCUUGGCGACAUUACAAUGGAGGCGGCUUACACCAAGUUGUCCUAUGUUUUAAGUAAAGGUACAUGGUCGCUGCAGGACAAGAAGGAUAUGAUGAAGACCAGCCUACGAGGAGAAUUGACUGUCAAAUCCGCCAAACUCAGUACUGCCUCACGGCUGGGUAAUCUAAAAGUAAUUGAGAAAAUACUUAAUCAAAACUCCAGUUUGGUGAAUUCCGCUAUCGAGGAAGCAAUUUCCUUUGAUCAGACGAAGGUCAUCGAAUUGCUUCUCAGGCAUUGUGCUCAGUUUACUGGCCAGUCUGUUGAGGUGGCCGAACGUCUCUGUGCGGCUGCUGCCAAUGGCUCGGUCAAACGUCUUCAAUCAUAUAAAACAGCUGGCGUGGAUUUGUCCCAAGCGGAUAGCUCUGGACGCACAGCCCUGCAUAUGGCUGCCCUGCAUAAUUCGGUGAAUGUUGUAAAAUUUCUUCUCAAUCACGUUGACGACAUCAAUCAAAGGGAUACACUGGGCCUGACUCCCAUGGAAUAUGCCAAAAGAAACCAAUCAACCGAAGUGAUUACUAUUUUAAACCAAGCCAAGCAGUAAUUAUAAUCGCAUUUAUUCGCAUUUACUCUCAUUUAUCCUAUAUAAUCACAUAUUUGCCUACAUAUAUAAACAAUAUGUAAU